AACCCAGAACCCUGCGCUUUCCGGGAGACCUGCUCUACUCUCUGAGCCACAGAUAACGGGGAGGCAGACGCCACGCGAAGCGGGCUUUUUAUCAGGGAGUUGGCGGCGGUUUUUUUUUGCUGCUGACGGGUCGGUAGGGAGGAUCCUCCUGUCAUUCGGCCGCUACCUUCUCCGGUGAAGGAGCAGCUUCUCGGCCGCCCCGGCCUCCCCUUUACACCACAUCCCCGUUCCUCAUUCCCCCCCCUCACACACUCCGGGGAAGGGGAGGAUGUCUGAGCCGCUGCCUCCCGGGGCCAGAGGAGGGGACGAGUCGGAGGCCGAGCUGUCCCAGAGCCUGGCCCGGACUAAGACGCGCUCGUAUGGCAGCACGGCGACUGUGGCGGCCCCGCUGGCCGAGAAGUACAUCCAGCACCCGGUCACCCCGAGCGACACCCUCCGAGGCCUUGCCCUACGCUAUGGAGCCACGAUGGAGCAAAUAAAAAGGGCAAAUAAACUCUUCACAAGUGAUUGCAUAUUCCUAAGAAAAACCCUUAUUAUUCCAGUCAUAUCUGACAAAGGGUUACUAUUUAAUGGACUGAACUCAUUGGAAUCUCCUGAGAAUGAAUCCAAGGAAUCAUACACUUUGUGUGAAGAAAGCUCUACAUCUCCAAGUCCAGACGAUAUUGAAAAUAGACCCAUUCACCCUGAGGAACUGUCUGCCAAAGACUUCUUGCAGAGACUGGAUUUGCAGAUUAAACUGUCAACGCAAGCAGCUGCUAAGACAAUACAGGAAGUUGACAAUGGAACUGGUGAUGCAGCAUACAAAGAUUAUUCUUAUGCAGAAUCCUCGUACCAGAGUCACCGCUAAAUACAGAACAGGAUCCAGACCAACUGGACGGCAAGUGAUACAAUGUUGUUCCACAUAAGUUGUCGGAGUUGGAGACUUUGGCUUCAUUGGCACAAACUGUGUGAUCUGUAGGUUUCUGGAGGAGGGGGAAUUCGCUUUACCUUUUGCUUAAAAUCUAUGCGACGGAAUUAUAUACCUUAACAGAGCACUGGAAUAUGGUAAAAGGGAAAGACGGCAUUUUACCUUGAACAUCUUCAGUGUGAGCCGCUGUUAAUUUUGUGUUACCUUGUGCUUUCUCCCCCUUUUUCUAUAUUGCAACAGCAGUGUGUGCUUAUUUGCUGCAGUCCUGAUCCAGAGUACCUGCUGUGAUAUGGGACUGAAAUUAGGUGUAAAGCAAUUGCAACUUUGUAGUCCCUUCUCCACCUUGCAUGAAUUAAUUGUUGUGCUUUCCUACUGUUUGGCACUCGAAUGGGUUUGGGCAGAGGUAAGUACAAUUGCUUGGAGACUGAGCUGUGCAGAAAUUAAUUAAAUUCAAACUAAAUAUGACCUUGGCUUAUGAUUUUGUGCAAAGUGAGACUGAAUGGAGACUGAUCCACAUAAUUAGUUAGAUGUGCAAAGUCCCAUUCAUGUAUGAUUAUGCAGAGUAGUUUUAUACAUAAAAGCUGUGUAGAAGAGGUCACUUGUUCAUAAUAUCCAAUUUAAAACUAAAAGUAAUUUACAAUACCUGUCGUUCUAAGUAACAGUUUCAAUUGAGGAUGAAGAUAGUAAUUGCAAGUCGUCAUCCUUUUAAAAAGUCUAACAACAUCGUUGUUGGAAGGAAGAAUCCUAGUAUGCAGGGACAGAUGUCACACUAAGCCCCAUUAAAGCAUUUGCUUUCAAAGUGGUCAGUCUAAACGUAACUAGAAGUGCUUUAUCAAUGCAGUUAGCUUAUUGUACUGUUAAGGUAUUGCAUGGGCAAAAUAAACCAUAGAAUCGAUGAGAUCAUGGGAACUGCAGAUGCUGGAGAAUCCGAGAUAACAAAACGUAGAGCUGGAUGAACACAGCAGGCCAAGGGUCUAGGCCCGAAACAUCAGCUUUUGUGCUCCUAAGGUGCUGCUUGGCCUGCUGUGUUCAUCCAGCUCUACAUUUUGUUACCAUGAAACUGAUACCUUCCAUUAGAGGAGAAUUCUGGCCAUCUUGAAUAAGGAGUUGGUUGAUUGAAUAAAGGAAACUUAUGUUAAAGGUAGGGAGUUACUGGGGUAAAUAAUUAGUCUUAUCACUGCAGUGGUGAGAAUGAUAAUUUCACAUUGUUGAUUUGUACCACCAUUUCAAUAUUUUGUGAGCAAUGCACCUGUUUGUUCAAAUUCUCUCAGGUGGCUGCGAUUUUUGAUCACUCCACUUCACUUCACAAGACUGAAUGUCAAACUGGUGUGGACAAGUUUAACGUCUCCCCAGAAAAUCAGGUUUCCCAUAAGCUUUAUACUCUGAUUCAUCAGCACUUGUCUGCUGUGCCCGGGUCUUCCUUCUGUUUCCAUGCUCAUGCAUAUAUUUUUAUUACUGAAAAUGAGUUUGUUACACUGAUUAAUGAACUACUCUUUAUUGAGAUGAGGAGGAAGGUGUGUAGUGACUUGGCUUUAGACUGUAUCACCAAAGCUGUGAUGACCAGUUGGCACCAGAAGAAUACAGUAUAUCACAACAGAAAAAUACUGAAUAGCAUGUCUUACAUUUCAAUUAACCAACUCGUUCAGCUCCUGAGUACUAAAUCCUACUGCAAGAUACAUUUUUUAAAUAAUGGGAUUGUGCAGCCACUAAAAUGAUAUGGAUGACUAGUUUUAUAUAUUUUGAUGUCUGAAUUGAAAAGAUGGAUUAAAUAAUGUAGGCAACACUUUCUCAAACUUUGUAAUAUCUGUUCAGAAUCUGGUUGUACCAAAGAGAUUGAGCACAGUUGUUUCCCUGGAGGAGAUUGUGGCAAUGUGCCUAACUGUGUAUGUUUUUCAAUGAAGCUUAGCCACGUAUUUGUGAUGGAUUACUCAGUGAUUCCUUAAUUUACAGUUGCACCUUUAUAAGCAGUUUUAAAACUACAAUAUUCCUUUUUAAAGCUCAUCCCCACAUAAGCUAUUAUUAUUUCCUUUUUCCUGAUUCACCUAAUUUCUAGUUGCCUCUUUUAACUAGUGCAACUAGUUGGUGCUAGUUUUAUAAGGUAACAUACUUAUGACAAUUAAUAAGGAAAAUAAAGGUCAAUUUUUGCACGCUCUUCACAUUAUCACUGCAAAUGUUGAGAUGCUGUGAUAGAGCUCCUGCAUUCACACCACUGAAACGACACCAAAAAAUUGUAAUGAUACCACCUCAUAAUCCAGGUUUAAGUCUCUUCUUAGAUGCAGUCUGUGUUUAACUUUAUUUCCCUUGUUUUAUCAUGGGAGCAGUCUAUUUUAAAACAAAAGAUAGUUACCUCAACAUGUGUUAAGAAAAGGGAGAAAUGUUCAGGUCUUAGAUUUCAAACAGCAGCUGCACAAUAGAGUCACAAUGGAAACUAGUUUUAAGGAUAGGCAAUCUGCAAAGAGCACUGGUGAUUGUCACCAAGCUGUGAACAACUGUGGUUAUUUGCUAAGAUCCCUUCACACCCAGUUUGUUCACUCUGAUUGGACAUUUUCCGUGGAAGAGCUGUUUGCUGUGCUAUUCGCUACAUGAAAUUUCUAGUCACUGCUGAAUGCAGAGUGGGAGGCAUUACUUAGUAGUGACAAGGAUUCAGUCUGAUCCUUCCUGUGGUAAUUUCAGUCCAGAAUAUUUGUUUUGUAUCAUUUAUAUGUAAAUACUAGAUUAAUAUUUUGAUGACAGUUCAAACAUUAAAAUGGGAAAAUGGUACAUAUUGUGUGAGGAAUAUCCAGAGUACUUCAGUUUGCCUUUCAUAUGUAAAACACUUACCCUAGUGAUAUCUAUUUCACUGCUGUGAGCCAUAAAUGGGAGGCAGUUUAUCUUUGACAAGUAUAGUUAGUAAGGAAUGUGUAAAAUACUCAAUAGAAAAUAGACACAAAACAAAAACCCAUAAAUGCUGGAAGUCAAAUUAAAACAAAAGGUUUUGGAAGUGUCCAAAUGGAUUGAUCAUCUGAGGAAGUGAAGUUAACAUUUCACUGGGGCUAUUAAUCAGCAACAGGAAAGUAUAUCGAGUACCUAUUGUACACAAAAUUUUGCUGAGAUUUUUGAUUUGAGUUAUUGUAUUUUCAUGUGAUAGCAUUGCACAUCAAAACUAUUAUUUGCCACAAUUAUUUUUUUCCCUUGAUAUUCAGGUCUUAAACGUAUCUUUUGUGUGUUUUUGGUUAUGAUAAAUCCUAUUUUACUGUUCCAAAUAAAGAUCUUUUGUGUUUAUAAAUAUACUGUUAAAGAUAUUUAAGCAGGCAAAUUAAGGGGCUGGAUUUGAAAUUAUGAUAGGUAUCCAAUUGCUGGACUUCUCUCACUGUUAAAGAUUUUUUAAUUUCAGUAUUAAAAUAAUAUUUUAACUAAAUUUUAUCUGAAAAAAAUCUUUGUCCAAAGAUUCUGACUUUCCAUGAUUUUUAACAACAUAAUGCCACAAUAUUGUAAGAUUGCUGAUGGCUAUUUUAAACAGGCUCUUGAGAGUAUAUCAUUAAUACAAUUGCAUGUUAUAAAAUUGAAGAAUUUACAGUAUACCUCCGCUGUGGAUUCUAAAAUAUUAAUUUCCCCAAGUCUCAGCCUCUUUUGUGAAUGGCCGAUGAAGUGUUUGAUUUUCAUCAUAAUACGUUCAGUUGUUUUUCAACUCCAGAAUUAACAUCAAGGAAGAUUGAAAAGAUGUUUGAGCGUCUGAAAAUCUGCACUGUUGCAAAACUAAAUUGGUUUAGAACUGUAAUGUUCUUACUUGUUUAUGUUCAAUUUUUGAGGGAGGAUCUGUGGAAAAGAAAUCCAAAAUGCCUUUUAUUUCUGUGAAAAUGUUAUGCUAUUAAAAGGGUAUUAAUUUUUUUUUUGUUUUUCUUGCCUUCUCUGACUGUUCAUGAAUUUGCUGAAGGUUGUUUUGCUUCAAAAACUAAUUUGAACAAAUAUGAUUUGGAAGAAUCAAUUACAGAUGAUGAUUCUGAACAUGUGGAGAUCUGUGACUUCAUUCUGAAGAGUCAAGUGGAAUAACCGAUGCGGUGAACUUCUAGCGCAUGAAUUGUUUGUGUUUCAAUGUUGUGGCCUUAGUUUUUUUUUAAAAUGUACUGGCAUUGAACACUUGUUAAUAUUUCAUUUGAUGAUCUGCAAUAAAUGGAUUUUGUUAAACAUCA